AUGGCUCGAUUCAAAUUUGGGAAGAACAAAAAAAGGUCCGACGAAACGCUGUCUUUCAGUGAAGAGGCUCUGGAAGAGAGCCACAAUGUUGGAGGUCUUCAAUAUCCACCAGAAGAUGUACACAAAUCUCCCGAAUCAACCCCAUUACCUCGUCAAACGGGAAUUAUGGCGUCACAGAGACCAGCUCAAAACGCCACCAAUGCCUCUGUGCCAGCACCAAGAAUCACUGUGAAUGUACAGACACCGUGGAACAGAGUAAAACUUUACAAUUCUCCUUUUCCACGGUAUAGACAUGCCGCCUCGUCCAUGUGCAGCGACAAGAAUGAAAUUUUCUUGAUGGGAGGUUUGAAAGAUGGAUCUGUUUUUGGUGAUACCUGGAAAAUCACACCUCAUCAGCUUGGGGAUGGUAGCUUGGAGUAUACAUCUCAAUUGGUGGAGGUUGUUAACUUGAACAAUCCUCCUGCUAGAGUGGGUCACUCUGGAGUGUUGUGCGGUAAUGCCUUUAUAAUAUACGGAGGAGACACUGUCGAUACCGAUUUCAACGGGUUCCCCGAUAACAACUUCUACUUGUUCAACGUCAACAACAAUAAGUAUACCAUUCCUAGUCAUGUGUUGAACAAACCCAAUGGAAGAUAUGGCCACAGCGUGGGAGUGGUGGCUCUCAAUAACAACUCGUCAAGGUUCUAUUUAUUCGGUGGCCAGUUGGAAAACGACGUUUUCAACGAUGUAUACUACUUCGAGCUCAAUACUUUUAAAAGCCCCAAGGCGAGAUGGGAAUUGGUCGAGCCACUUAAUAACUUCAAACCUCCUCCUUUGACGAACCAUUCCAUGUCGGUGUACAAGAACAAGUUGUUCGUGUUUGGAGGUGUGUAUAACAACGAAAAGGUGUCGAAUGACUUGUGGAGUUUCGACGCUGUGGUCAACAAGUGGACUCAAUUACCCACCUCUGGUAGUGUUCCUGCCCCAGUGAACGAACACUCCAGUUGUAUUGUCGACGACAAGUUGUACAUUUACGGAGGAAAUGACUUUAGUGGUGUUAUUUAUGAUACCCUUUACGUAUUGAACCUUCACACCUUAGUAUGGUCCAAGUUGAUGGACACGGGUAUGUUGCAUGGCCCUGGUCCUCGUUGUGGACAUACCAUGACGUACAUGCCUAGGUUUAACAAGUUGGUGAUUAUGGGGGGUGACAAAAAUGAUUUUAUUAACAAUGAUCCAGACAACUUCGAUACCUAUGAGGUUUCUGAUGGUGAAGAAGUGGGCACUAUGGUUUACGAGUUUGAUCUCACCGUUUGUGAGCCAUUCUUUACCUCAGAAGAAGUUCAGGUGCGUACAACUAAAAAGAUCGCAGCAUCAGCGUUGGCUGCUCCUGCUCCCAAAAGAACUGAGCUGCCUCAAGUUGCAGACGAUGCAGCUGCUGGUUUCCUGCGUCACGCACGCAGCUUUUCAGCUGGUCCAGAGGAUUUCAGAACUCCAACGGGCUCGCCUGAUCGCUUGAAGAGAGACCUCAAUUCGGGCGUUGCGUCUUCUGCUGCUUCUGGCUAUAUGACUCUGGAAAACCAAGACAAAUUUGUUGAAGUGGACGUUCCCUCGGCUUCGAUGUCAGAGAAGGAAGAUACAAUCGAUGAAGAAAUCACUCCCAGAAGCGGUAACUUUUUGCACGAGACCAGUUACACACACUCGGAAUCGCCAAAGAGAAAUUUCCACAACGGUCACGGUGUUGCUGUUGACCCCAUCGAGGCAGAUAUUUCUCGUGAGGAAAACACAACUCCGGACCUUCUGCGCGAUGUAUCACAGAGCCACAGCACCAGAGAUGACUCGAAAGUCAAGGCACUUGUGGCUGAUUUGACAAACGAAUUGAAUCUGCUCCGCUCUUCAACUAAGCAGCAGAUGCUGGUGGCCACUGAUAGAAUCAAUGCCCUUGAGAGAGAGAACCGCGAGUUGAAGCAAAAUAAUGGUCAGGACCAAAUCCGGGACCUUCAAGCACAAGUCCAGGAGAAAGACGAGAUUCUACUUGAAAUGAAACGUCAAAUGGAUCCAUCAGCAUUUGCUGUUGACGAAAGCGAGGGCAGUACUCCUGGCCCAGAUAAUAUUGGAAUCACUGAAAAGAACAGGCUCAAGUUGGAACGUUUGGAACUCAACAACAAACUUUUAUACUUGCAACAGCAGAACAAUCUGUUGUCUAAAAAGCUCGAGGAGUUUGAGCCUUUUAUGAACAACCAGAUUGGCCAGUUGUCAGAUUUCCAAAAGAUCAUCGGGGCCCAGGAAGAAAAGAUUGCCAAGCUCACGUCUCAGUUGAAGGAACAAGAACCAUUGCAGAAAGAGAUAAAUGAAUGGAAAUCUCGUUAUGAGAGCUUGAGGCUCGAGCACGAGAAUUACAAAACUAUACAUGCGGAUGAUGAAAUCUCUGACGACGAGGGCGAAAUUAUUGCUGAGAACGGAGGUGACCCUUCAAACAGAUCGAUCAUGAGCAAUGCCACUGGUAGAAGGAGCAAGAAGGACAUUGCCUCACACUUGGAGAAUCUUGUUAACUUGUGGUCGUUCAAGAAUGCUACAGGCUCUCAUAGUAGAAACAUUUCUGUUGAAGGAGCUGAAACCAAUCCUGAAUCAAACGCAAUGGUGGAACAAUUGCAGAAGCAACUUGAUGAACUGAUGAGAAUCAGUAAGCAGCAAGAGGAGGGUGCUUCGCUAGAAAUUCAAGAGUUGAGGGCAGAAUUAGAAGCCAAAUUGCAAAACUUGAAGACAUUUGAGACGAACUACCGCGACGCUUUACAAUCUGUUAACAAUACCAGCAGAGCACUCAACUUGACCCAAGAAGAGCUUGAUAAGCAAAAGGUGCUUAUUGAUAAACUUAUGAAGGAGAACAGUGAGUUGAAGAUUUACAAGAAGGCAUCGUCUUCCAAGAGAUUAAGCUCAAAAUCGCCAAUUCUUGAAGAAGGAUCUACUCCUGAAUUUAGUAGCCAUGAACCAGAAGCGGCAGAUGACGAAGGACAUAUUUCCAGUGCCCAUUUCAACAUGAAGAUUAAGGACUUGGAAGCUGAUUUGUUCAUAUUGAAGCAAGAGAGAGACCAAUUGAAGGAGAAUGUGACUUCAUUGCAAAAGAAACUCUAUCUCGCCCAGUCAUCUUGA